AUGACGGCGGUCAAAGUUGUUAUGGAGAUUGGAACUGAGCUUGGGUACAAAGGCACAGAUUUACAGAAGUUUGUCAAAGAUGAGCAGGAUAGAGAGCGAGAUGAGAGACAGAGUGAACGGGAACAGAAGCAGAAGGAAUGGGACGAACAGCAAAAAGUGGAGCAGAUUAAGCUGAGUAUAUUGAAGGAGCAACGUGCUUUGGAGAUGGACAAAGAAGAAAGAGCUGCUAGAGAUCAUGCAAGAAAGAUGGAACUAUUAGAGAAGGAGGAGAGGAAACCACAAAUGGAUCAAGGUAAGUCACCUUCUGUAUCAGCGAGGGGACCGAAACUUCCUGCUUUUGAGGAGGGGAAGGAUAAUAUUGAUUCCUACCUUCAAAGGUUUGAGCGGUAUGCUACAACGCAAGGAUGGAACAAGACCACACAAUGGGCUUCGAACCUUAGUGUUUUGUUGAAGGGAAGAGCUCUGGACGUAUUCUCUAGAUUGCCUGUUGAUCAGAGUCUUGACUAUGAUGUGCUGAAGGGAGCAUUGUUAAAGCGUUUCGAGAUGACCGAGGAUAGCUUUAGGAAAAGAUUCCGAAGUGGGCGACCGGAAACAGGCGAGACCUUUUCGCAGUUCGCGGUACGGCUUGAGAGCGACCUCGUUAGGUGGAUGGAGAUGGCAUCCGUUGAUAAGACGUAUGAUGGCCUGAGAGACCUGAUGGUAAGAGACCAAUUCUUACAGGCGUGUGGGAAUGAGUUGAAACUUUUUCUUAAGGAGAGGAUUCCCAAGAGUAUUGUUGAGAUGUCUACAUUAGCUGACCAAUUCGCUGAGGCUAGAGGGAACGCGUCUAACUUUGUAAGACCAGCCCGGAAGUUUGAUAAGACCUCGUCUAGCAUGAAGAACCAGCAAUCUUCCAAUUCUCAUUCUGAUGCCAAGGAGUUUAAGAAGGGACAGACUGGAGGUAAACAUUGUUUUAUUUGUAAGAAACCAGACCACAUGUCUUACAAUUGUCCGAAGAAGUCAAGUAGUGGUAAAGUUGGAGUUACGACUGGUAGACGUAGCGAGCAUUUUGGAGUAAACAUAUCCUGCUAUGUGAAGAUUCCUAAGUCUGAUGAGAUGCCGGUUGUAGAUGGUCGUGUUGAUGAGUCUCCUGUGUCAGUGUUAAGAGAUACCGGAUGUUCUGGAGUGGUAAUCAAGCGGAGUUUAGUUGGCGAAGAGCAGAUGACUGGUGAGACCCAAACAUGUAAGCUAGCAGAUGGUUCUAAGUUAGAGGUUCCUAUUGCUACUGUUUUUAUCAACACACCGUAUUACGUUGGUUCUGUCGUGGCGUGGUGUAUGGACAAUCCACUGUAUGAUGUAAUUAUUGGAAACAUCGAGGGUGCGAGACAGCCUAGAGAUCCAGAUACUGAUUGGAAGGUGGAAGCUGUUGCUGCUGUACAGACAAGGGCUCAACGGCAGAAGGAGAACCGACCCUAUCGCGCAUUGAAUGUACCUACUGCAGACAACUUUGCUACUCCUGAUGAGAUCAAAGCUGAACAGGAAGCUGAUGACAGUCUUGUGAAGCUAUGGCAAUUGGCGAGGAAUGAUGACAAGAAGAUACGAUCAGAUGGCGGUAAGUCUCAUUUCUAUGUCAAGAGGGGUCUAUUAUACAGAGAGUUUCAGAGUCCAUCAUCAGCACAGGGAAGGCUGUUUAAGCAGCUGGUGGUACCGACCAAGUUGAGACCUGCUGUGAUGAAGUUGGCUCACGAUUCUGUGAUGUCUGGCCAUUUAGCGGCGAAACGGACGACCGAGCGGAUAUUAUCAGAGUUCUAUUGGCCUGGGUUGACGUCAGAUGUGACAAGAUUUUGUCGCUCGUGUGAUGUCUGCCAACGGACAUUUCCCAAGGGCAGGGUGACCAAGGUUCCGUUAGGGGUUAUACCACUCAUUGGAACGCCAUUUCAGCGCGUAGCUAUUGACCUGGUGGGGCCACUCCAACCUGCUACAGACCGUGGGAACCGCUAUAUCUUAACACUAGUGGAUUAUGCCACAAGAUAUCCAGAGGCCAUACCAUUGAAAGGAAUCGAGACGGAGCGUGUCGCCGAGGCACUGGUCGAUAUUUAUAGUCGUGUUGGUGUCCCAAGCGAGGUACUCACAGACCAGGGAGCUCAAUUCACAUCAGAACUCAUGAGGGAGGUAAGCCGUUUACUAUCUAUUCGCCAGUUGACCACAACACCCUAUCAUCCGAUGUGUAAUGGCCUAGUCGAGAGGUUUAAUGGAACUUUUAAACAAAUGCUUCGUCGGAUGUGUGCUGAAAGACCCAGGGAUUGGGAUAAAUAUAUCAACGCACUACUAUUCGCGUAUCGUGAGGUUCCCCAAGAGAGUCUUGGCUUUUCACCAUUUGAGAUGCUGUAUGAUCGUACUGUCAGAGGGCCAAUGAUGAUCUUAAAGGAGCUUUGGACCAAACAAGUUCCGGAUCCUGAGACAAAGACUACCUACCAGUAUGUCAUUGAUCUGAAGGCAAAGCUAGAAGACACCUGUGAGAUGGCCCAGAAGCAACUUCGGACAUCGAAGAUCCGCCAAGCGUCUUACUAUAACCGGAAGACUAAGGAAAGACAACUGAAUGUUGGCCAGAAGGUUUUGAUUUUGUUGCCAACGAAGAGGAACAAGUUAGAGAUGCAGUGGCGAGGACCAUACCGGAUUACAGAGAAGAUGGGUUCAAUGGAUUAUAAGGUCGACAUUGAUGGAAAGGUGAAAACUGUGCAUGCCAACCUCCUACGGAGAUACGUUGAGAGGGGAGAGAACUCUGCAUGUCAGCAAUCCGGAAUUAUGUCUGUUGUUUGUGUGUCCAUAGUGGAUGAAGAGGAAGAGGAGACGGUUGAUUACGAAGAUGGUCUGUUGGAGGAUAUUACGAUGCCUCAGUUGGGGAGGAAGGAGUCAGCUGAAGAUGUAUUAGUUUCUGAGCUGUUGACCAAACCACAAAGGAAGGAUUUGACAGAACUGAUGGAGGAAUUUGUUGAUGUUCUGACUGAUAUGCCCGGGAAUACGUCGUUAGUUGAGCAUGACAUCAAGACGACAACAUCCGAACCAGUUAGACUCAAGCCUCACAACAUUCCAUUCAACAUGAAGGAAACUAUCAGGGAUGAGGUAGACAAGAUGUUGAAGAUGGGAGUUAUUCAUCCGUCAAAGUCUCCUUAUUCGGCAGGGGUUGUGAUCGUAAGGAAGAAAGAUGGCACGAAUAGGUUUUGCGUCGAUUAUCGUCACCUGAAUCGGAUAACCGUAUUUGACGCCGAACCGAUGCCAGACGCCGAGGAUAUUUUCUCGCGACUUGCGGGUCACCAAUGUUUCCCGUCUUGA